AUGCCGGCAAGGAAAGGUAGAAAGCCGGCGGCCACUGAGGUUGCUGAUGCUCAGGCGAAAGACGAAACUGCUCCUCCAUCCAAAAAACGUGCGGUAUCUGAAGAAAAGGAAGAAUUGGAUGAAGUGGAGAAAGAAUCAGAAGCGGUGUCAGAAGAUGAAGCGAGCAAGCCAAAGCGAGGCAGGGGACGGCCUAAGAAAGCUGUAAAUGAUGCUCCCAAAGUUGUGAAAGGAUCUCGAGGUCGUCCUGCGAAACAAAAACAGGAAAACAAAGAAGAUAAAGAUGAGAAUGACGACAAAACCACGAAACCAAGAAAGGGACGCGGCAGAAAAACUACGAAGGAAGAGGAUGUACGCGAAAAAAAUUCGAAAUCUAAGGCUAACGGAAAAGACGUGGCUCAACUUACUGUGGAACAUUGGUAA